AUGCCGGGCGUCACCAAGACACCAGCGAAGCGCGUACUCGGCGAUGCCUCGUCCACCCGCCAGAACAUGCAGGCGUCGCCCCGCUCGGCGAAGAAGCUGAAGCUCGAUAACGGUGCCACUACGAACGGCCGAGCGCCUGUAAAGAUUGCUAAUGGUUCUUUCAAUGCCAGCCAGCAGAAGAGCCGCUUUGAGGAGGAGGUGCUCGAGCAGAUGUCGCAGGACAUCGAGUCGCUGAAGCAGACCAACGCGGAACGGGACCAGCAUUGGAAGAGACCUCCUCUGCCCAACAACUUCAAUGAAAUGACGCAUGGGAUCACAAUGCAGCAGAUAGAUGCUGAAGAGGGCGUGCUCAACGGUGGGAAGGGUACAGUGAAGCUCUUUGGUGUCACUGAGGACGGCCACUCGGUAUUAUUCCACGUUACGAACUUCCUCCACUACUUUUACAUCGCCGCGCCGCUCAGCUUUCAGAAGAACGACUGCGACGCCUUCGGAACCUACCUAGAAUCAGAAUGCCAGAAAGCAUUCAAUCAGCACUCGGCUGUAAUAAACUCGGUGCAGAUGACUAUGAGGGAGAAUAUCCUGCGCUAUCAGGGCAAUCAGAAAAGCCCAUAUUUAAAGAUCACUGUCAAUGACUACAAGAUGGUCAACCGUGUACGGACAAUGGUACAGUCCGGCAGCGCCAACUGGAAAGGCCUCUGGGGCAAUGUACGGGACGGCGGCGGUCUACUCACCUUUGACAACAUCCAAUACGUGCAGCGAUUUAUGGUGGAUACUAGUAUCGUCGGCAUGUCCUGGGUAGAAGCCCCCAUUGGGAAGUACAAAUUAAUUCCACUUCGCGAGCGACAUUCGAACUGUCAAAUCGAAGCCCAGAUCCACUAUAAAGACCUGAUCGCACACCCUGCCGAUGGCGAGUACUCGAAGAGCGCACCACUACGCAUUCUCUCCAUGGAUAUCGAGUGCGCGGGUCGUAAGGGAAUCUUUCCCAAGGCUGAGAUCGACCCGGUCAUCCAGAUCGCAAACGUUGUUACGCGAUUUGGAGAGGAAAAACCUUUCGUUCGGAACGUCUUCUGCAUGGAUACCGUCAGUCCAAUUGCCGCUACACAACUUUUCUCGUUCGACGACGAGAAAGAGAUGUUGUUGAAAUGGCGCGACUUCGUUGAGGAGGUAGACCCAGACGUCAUCAUUGGAUACAAUACAUCGAACUUCGACUUCCCGUACCUACUCGAUCGCGCCAAGCACCUCAAAGCCGCAAAGUUCCCGUACUGGACACGACUGAAGACCAAACAGUCCGAGCAUAGCAGUUCCAGGUUUUCAAGCGCACAGCUGGGAGCCCGCGAUACCAAAACCACGAAUACAAACGGUCGCCUUCAGCUUGAUUUACUAUCACUCAUUCAACGCGACUACCACUUGCGAAGCUACACUCUCAACGCUGUGUGUGCCCACUUCCUGAAAGAACAGAAAGAAGACGUCCACCACAGUAUGAUCACAGAACUAUACAAUGGUGAUUCGAAUUCGCGGCGAAGACUGGCAGUCUACUGCUUGAAAGAUGCGUAUCUUCCUCAGCGAUUGCUCGAUAAGCUUAUGUGUCUGGUUAACUACACCGAAAUGGCCAGAGUCACGGGUGUACCUUUCAACUUUCUCCUGUCUCGAGGUCAACAAGUCCGGUUCUUGAGUCAGCUAUUCCGAAAAUCGCUAGAGCACGGUCUUCUCAUUCCCGAUGUCGCUAAAGAAGGUGGUGGGGACGACCAGUAUGAAGGUGCUACCGUCAUCGAACCUAAACGUGGCUACUACAAAAUGCCUGUUGCCACACUCGAUUUUGCUUCCCUAUACCCCAGUAUCAUGCAAGCGCAUAACCUCUGUUACACAACUCUGUUGAAUCAGGAAACUGUCAAGAAGCUCAACAUGAAGAAGGAUGAAGAUUACAUCCAAACACCAAAUGGUGACCUGUUCUGCACAGCGAAGGUUCGCAAAGGUCUACUGUCACAAAUUCUGGAGGAAUUGCUAGGUGCACGUAAACGUGCUAAGAAAGAUCUGGCCGUCGAGACAGAUCCAUUCAAGAAAGCUGUGUUGAACGGUCGUCAAUUGGCUUUGAAAGUCAGUGCGAACUCCGUCUACGGUCUGACUGGUGCAACGAACGGAAAGCUACCCUGUCUUCCCAUCGCCAGUAGUACCACCAGUUUCGGUCGUCAGAUGAUUGAGAAAACUAAAGACGAAGUCGAAGCGAAGUACAACAUAGCGAACGGAUACAGUCACGAUGCUGAAGUCAUUUACGGUGAUACUGACUCCGUCAUGGUAAAGUUCGGUACAACAGGUCUUGCCGAAGCGAUGAAGAUGGGCCAAGAAGCUGCCGAUUUUGUCUCUACGAAGUUCACCAAACCUAUCAAACUCGAGUUCGAAAAGGUCUACUAUCCAUACCUUCUCAUCAAUAAGAAGCGGUAUGCAGGCCUUUACUGGACAAACCCUGACAAGUGGGACAAGAUGGAUACGAAGGGUAUCGAGACUGUCCGCCGUGACAAUUGCCGCCUGGUUCAGACGGUCAUUGAGACAUCGCUACGCAUGUUGCUAAUUGACAAGGACCCCGAAGGUGCACAAGACUUCGUAAAAGAUACCAUCGCCGACCUGUUACAGAACAAGAUCGAUAUGUCUAACCUGGUCAUCACGAAAGCUCUUACCAAAGAAGAAAACAAACAGGGAGAAGGUGGUUAUCAGAGCAAGCAAGCCCAUCACGAACUCGCCGAGCGUAUGAAGAAACGUGAUGCCGGUUCCGCUCCAGCACUUGGAGACCGUGUCGCCUACGUCAUGAUCAAAGGUGCCGCUGGCGCGCGAAACUACGAGAAAUCCGAAGAUCCGCUUUAUGUUCUGGAGAACAAUCUACCCAUUGACGUCAGGUACUACCUCGACAACCAGCUCGCCAAACCUCUGGGGCGCAUCUUCGAGCCUGUCAUCGGCGAGAAGAAGGCCAAUAGCUUGCUCACUGGCGAACACACACGCUCGAUCUCAGUCGCCGCGCCUACUAUGGGUGGGCUCAUGAAGUUCGCGAAAAAGACGCAGACGUGCAUGGGGUGCAAGAAGCCGCUUACCAGCGCAACGGAGAAAGACGGUGCAGUUUGCGAGAACUGCAGGCCACGUAUCAGCGAGCUGUACCAAAAGACACUGUCCAAAGUCAGCGAGUUGGAGGUACGAUUCGCACGACUAUGGACGCAAUGCCAGCGAUGUCAGGGCAGCUUGCACUGCGAGGUUAUCUGCUCGAGUAGAGAUUGUCCGAUUUUUUACAUGCGGAUGAAGGCGAGAAAGGAUGUCGAGGAUUCAGGGAAGGAGCUGGUGAGGUUCGAUAAGGAUGCGGCGCUGUGGUGA